GAGGACGGUAAGGAAUGCUUCGUUCGGCGGGGAGUACCUUUCGUUCUUUAUAAUAAACUAUUAUAUAAUAUUUACCCCAAUAGAAUAAGAAGCUUAUAUAUACCUAAACAAAUAGUUAAAAACAUACUUGAAAUAACUUAUAAUAAUAAGUAUUACUUCGGACGAAAUAGAAUACUAUAUAAUUUAAGAAAUGUAAUAAUAUUUAAUAAAAUAAGGCUAGUAAGAAAGUAUGUAGAGUACUAUCUAGCGUACACACUCAAUUAG